CAGGUGUCUCUCCCUGGAGAAGGCUGCAUAGCCCCUCGGCAUCAUGUGUGUUACGCUAGCAGAUGUUCACUUGCUCUUCAUGCUGCCUCUGAGACAGACCUUCUCUGAUUCUUUCAGCACUCUUAGCCAUGACACACACAACAAUACAGCUACGUUUCUGCUGGCUGCAGCUGCUCUUGUAACACACCAAGACGGGAUUUCAAAUAUAGAGGAAAAUGGGAGGAUGGCUGCAGCAUUUCCUUCACUGUUUCAGCAACAGAUUGGAAGAAGCUGAGAGUUUCUGUGACUGGAAAACCACAUUCUGAAUUGUGACGGGCUUUGAACUUCCCAGCCCCAAAAAACCCACAUUUGAUUUCUUUUCUCCGCAGGAGGGGGCGGGUUACCAUGAAGACAAACCGAAGAUGCAGAGCCCUCCUAGCAGUGAGUCUGAACCUGAUGGCUCUCCUCUUCUCCACCACAGCCUUUAUCACAACCCACUGGUGUGAAGGGACUCAGAGGGUCCCCAAGCCAAACUGUGGGAAAGACAAGAAGACAAAUUGCCUCAACUACAGUGGGAAUGAGACGGCCAAUGAGACAAACCAGAACGUGGUGCACUAUAGCUGGGAGACGGGGGAUGACCGCUUUCUCUUCCGGUAUUUCCACACUGGGAUCUGGUACUCCUGUGAGGAAAAUAUCAAUGCUGCUGGUGAAAAAUGUCGAAGUUUUAUUGACCUUGCCCCGGCUUCUGAGAAAGGUGUCCUGUGGCUAUCGGUCGUGUCUGAAGUGUUGUACAUCACGCUGUUAGUCGUUGGGUUCAGCCUCAUGUGCCUAGAGCUCUUCCAUUCGAGUAAUGUGAUAGAUGGGCUCAAGCUAAAUGCCUUUGCUGCUGUCUUCACUGUGCUGUCAGGUCUCUUGGGGAUGGUGGCUCAUAUGAUGUACACCCAAGUUUUCCAAGUGACAGUCAGCCUCGGACCAGAAGAUUGGAGACCACAUUCAUGGGACUAUGGCUGGUCCUUCUGUCUGGCGUGGGGUUCUUUCACCUGCUGCAUGGCUGCCUCAGUCACUACAUUGAACUCUUACACUAAGACUGUAAUUGAGUUCAGACACAAGCGCAAAAUCUUUGAACAGGGCUUUCGAGAGGAGCAGACCUUCCUAGACCAGGAGGCAAUCAAGUACUUCAGAGAAAGGCAAUGGGACUGGACCAGCGACAACAGCUCCAGCCCAUCUCAACUAACUCCUUCUCUGUUUCCCACAAAAGGGCAAUGAUUGAAGACUGUCAAACAAGGGUUUGUUUCCUUCUAAUGACUCGCCCGCUAAGGGGAAAGGGAACCUGGCGUAAGAUUACAAUGAAAGCCUAAUACUUUACAUUUCAAAUGCUUGAACUGUUUUUCCUUCUUUUCUGCAUGUUUACUAAAAGGCUAAAAGAAUAUUUAAUGAUGUGUUUGCCAUGAUACUAGGCAGGCGGAGGUAUCUGUAUACUGAAUCUUGUUUAAUACUGUUUAAUGUUGGACAGUGACAGGGUCUUGUUAACACCUGUGGGCCCAUAUAUGGAACAAUCUACCAAGGUCGUGAUGGAUUCUCCUUCACUGACAAUUUUUAACUCACGAUUGGAUGUUUUUCUAAAAGAGCUGCUCUGGGAAUUAUUGUGGGGCAGUUCUCUGGCCUGUUAGACUAGAUGAUCACAAUGGUCCCUUCUGGCCUUGGAAUCUACGAAUGCCAUCUAAAUUAAUGCAACAGUCCCCACAACACGUUGCUCACAAUCUAGGUCAGAGUUGGGGUGGGUGGAGGAGACAAGAUAACAAUAGUGUAAGCAAUGUGUAACAGAGAACCCAAGGUCCAGCUGGUCCCUGACCUACCCAGUAUCUGAUGGGAGGGACCUUUAAGCAUCAUGGCAUAGAUAGGUUUCAAAGAGAGAUUUAAAGGCAAAAUGGCAUGAUACUACCACUGACAUAUCAUGAAAUAAUGUAAACUUAUAAAAAGGCCAAAAUAAAUUCUAAAUGAAAUUUUGAAAUUCAAAAUUUUUUUUUGAAAGCUAAACAAAAAUCCUGAAAACUUGCAAAAGGAAAAUGUUUUAAAAUGAAUUCUCUGCUUGUUUCAAAAUAAUGAUUUUCCUGGGAAUUUUUUGUUGCAAUAGAGACAUUUUUCAAUUUUUUUUUAACUUAGACGAAAACCAGCACUGUCCAUCGAAAAAACAUUUAGAUGGAAAAUUUCUAACCAGCUCUAGUGAGGCCUCCCCAACUCCUGUGUUGGCUAAGGCCCCAGGCACUUGCUCAGUCGCAGCUGCGGAGGGAAUGCUGCAGUUAAUGCUGCUGAUAUAGUUCCUGCCUGAGCAGUGUCUGGUGUCAUGGAGCACAGCCAGUCCCCUGCUCUAUGCCCUCCCAUGGAGCCCUCUCUGUAAAGACAUGCUGGUGCUCAGGCUCCCAAAAGUUCCCUCUGCCUGUGGCUACGGUGGAGACAAUCCAAGGCUAUGACAGUGUCCAAAGGAGCUAAGGAACUUUGCACCGGGUGUACCACAGUGAUGGUUGUAGCUGUUGUACCCUGUCUAUUUAAAAACCUUUAUUUUGUUGGCUCCCUGUGCAGAAGGGGAGCGCAUAUAUUGCAGAGGGCCCAGUCACUCAUUACUGUGGAAAUGCCCAUGGGUGAGGGUUCUGAGAAGGGUUCGGGCCGUUUCCUUGGCAAUGUUUUCCAAAAUCACCCGGCAUUGGGGAGGGAAUGUGGAAACUUGCUUCCCCCACUGUGAAGCACAUAGUGGGUCCACCGCAAACUCCAAGAGGGCCCAGCUCCAAGAGUUUAAUACCUUUUCCUGCAUGACAUUGGGACAUUUUGCAAGUUAGACUGUUAAUAAGAAAUUAAUGUAUCAUUUUUAAUGGUGCCCGGCUGGCUCAGAGGAGAAUGGGCAGCAUUUCUAUGGCUGAUCAUUCAGAAAUGCAGAGCUUAUUUGGAUGCUAGUAUCCAUUACUCCAGGCCUAUUUUGAAAGCAGUUUUAAUAGAUGUAUUUCAGUACUAUCCACUGUCAUGUUACUCAGCAGCUAUCCUCCGGUUACCUAGCCUUGCAAAAUACAACACUCAACUCUAUCUACCAAUGUCUGUAGUAUCUGAGCACCUCACAAACAUUAAUGACAAUGUCUUCAACACCCCAGUGGGGAGGGAAAUAUUAUCUUCACUUCACCAAUGAAGAACUGAAGUACAGUGCAACUUGACAUAAAUAAGUGGUAUAAAUUAGGGAAGCUUUUUAACAAGCGCCUUACCAAUAAUUGUCAUUCUGUUAAACUCCAGUUCUCCAAGACCUUCAGAGGGCUUGUCUGCACAGUGAUUUAAUGCGCGACAAGCCAGCGAGUGAUUCUACAGUGCACUAGCAUGCUAUGCACUCACUGCUCA